CAUCUCGUGACCCAAAAGCCACCAAUGAGCAAUGACCAACCCAAGACUCGGAUAUUGUCGAAAUAUUUCUGAAUGUAGUAUAAUGCAUUGCAUCUCUAAAGACCGUGGCACAUUUUAAAGCCUUUUCUAUAAACAUAAUUUAUAAAUUUUUUUGCUGAACACAAAAUUAUUUUAGAAACAUCCCCAUCUUGUCAGUGCGCUCUUCCAACAUGGCGGCGAUUUGGUUGAAUGUAAUUUUACUGGUGCUGUUUGCCCUUUUUGAUGUCUGGUACUUCGUCAAUGGUUUCGUAACGUGGGCCGUAGCAAGGAUACAGAAAACAAUAAAGAGGAAAGGCGUAUUGGAGGAAGUAGUUACCUAUGGCCUGGUGACCACCACUGAUAUGGAUUUCAUGUGCCACAAGAACAACGCUCGCUUCACUCGGAAGUGUGACUUCGGCAGGUUCCAGUUGUACGAGUCGACAGGACUCUGGGAUAACGUAGUGAAGCUGGGAGGCUCCAUGGUACUGGGAGCCUCUACCAUCCGCUUCCGCAGGUCACUACAGUUCCUGGAGCCUUUCCGAGUCAGAUCUAAGGCAAGAAUUGUGAACAUUGUCAAUUUGUCAU